AUGUCUAAUAGUUUUAGGAUCAGUUCUCCAAAAGACACAGAUGAUGCACCUUCUGAAAGGCCUCUUCGCCGAUCUUCCCGGCGGGCCGCAUCCAUCGCUGUCAAGCCUCCAGAAGCAUCCGUAGAAACCUCAUCUACCAAUGAAGCGCUACGACCUCUCACAACAACGGAUAUUGAGGAGUGGGAGGGCUGGGUUGAGCUUGAAUCUGAACCUGCAUUCUUUAAUACCAUUCUGCAAGACCUAGGGGUUAAAGACGUCAAGGUGCAAGAACUCUUCAGCAUUGACCAAAGCUGGCUAGAUACACUCCUGAAACCGAUAUAUGGCUUGAUAUUUCUGUUCCAGUAUACCUCCGACGCAGACGAAAGCGAAGGGGAAGAUGAGACAGGUUCACUGUGGUUCGCCAACCAGACGACAAAUAAUGCCUGUGCUACAUUUGCUUUACUCAACAUCGUCAUGAACGCCCCAAACAUUGAACUGGGCGACAAGCUUCGAGAAUUCAAGAAGGAGACCAAGGAUCUCAACACCGUUCUCCGAGGGCAUGCAGUCAGUAACAACAAGUUUAUGAGAAGCAUCCAUAAUUCCUUUACCAGGCGCAUGGACCAUCUCAAUGCCGACCUCUGCCUGGAACAUGCCGUGUCACAUACAAAGAUAGAUGGGUACGUCUGGGAGCUGGAUGGGCUCCGUAGCAAGCCCCAUCGAAUAGGCCCAAUUGCAUCCCAAGAGACUUGCUGGACAAAUAUUGCAAGGCCCCAGAUUGAGGGUCGAAUAUUACAAUAUGAGGAGAGCCAAAUAGCCUUCAAUCUCCUCGCUCUCUGCCAACGCCCUGCUGCGCUACACUCUCGCUCCAUCGCUCAAGUGGCCGCUACCAUCCGCUUCUUGAAAGAUCAAAUGAAAGACAAUUCUGAAUUCGCAGAUUUAAUCAACGGCCAACUGCCGGUCUUGGAAAAUCCAGCCGACUUGUCCGAGUUCAAUCUCCUGCCCUCCGAUAUCGAGAACGCAACGUUUCCCAACGCGAUAAAAGCAGAAAUCUCACGUGUUGCGAGUAAUAUCGACGAAGCUUAUGAUCUAUAUCAGCGGCUUGUAGUCGACCUAAAGGUUGCUAUUGGAGAGCACAGAGCCGAGAUGAUUUCUCUCAGCGUGGAUGAGCAACGAGUCAAGGAUCGUAAAAAGGAUUUCGGUCAGGCUUUGCACAGAUGGGUGCAGAAACUCGCAGAGAAGGGCGUACUCGAAGAACUUAUCGAGAAUUCCUGA